AUGAAAGGAGGAAUGGCGGCAACUUUGGGAUUUCCUUUCACACCUGCUCAGUGCAAGGAGCUGGAGAGACAAGCUCUGAUAUAUAAGUACAUGCUGGCCUCUGUACCAGUGCCUCUUGAUCUCCUCUUACCCCGUUCCACAAAUCUUCCUCCAGACCUUACUCCAUACCACUCUCCCUGUAAUGAGCCCUGGUUUCUUCUUCUCCAACACUCCCUUAUAAUGACUUCUUUGGUUUUUCAAUAUGGGUUUUGCUUUUUCCGGUCUUUGUAG